GGAAACAAGACCCAAUGCUGUGGGGAGAAGAGCUACGAUCCAAAUCUUUCUGUCUGCUGCGAAAAGAAAGUCGUUGGCAAGCCAGAUAAUAGCAGCAGUGGUGAAUGUUGCGGACAAACAUCAUAUGAUCCGUCAUUAUCCGUCUGCUGUAACGGACAGCCCGCCAAAAAGCUCAAAAGCAAUCUUACAUUGUGCUGCGAUAAAGAUAGCUACGAUCCUGCGAGUUCUCUUUGCUGCGAGGGCAAAGUUUCUCUAAAGACAGGUGAUUCAGUUAGUCAGUGCUGUGGAAACCAGUCCUUGAAUCCAAAAACCUCAAUCUGCUGUGCAGGACAACUCGCGGCAAGAAUGGCUGGUAAUUUGACCCAAUGUUGCAUGGACAAAAGCUACAAUCCAGCGGUUUCCCUGUGUUGCAGAAAUAAAGUUAUCACGAAAACGAGCAACAAUGAUCAAUGUUGUGGAACAACUUCAUAUGAUAUCAAAACCUCGGUCUGCUGUAACGGACGGCCAGCUACAAAACUCGCGAGUAAUCGUACAAUGUGUUGCGGUACAGAAAGCUUUGAUCCCACCAAUUCUCUCUGUUGUACAAACAAAGUUAGUAAAAAAGAUAACGAGUUUAGUCAGUGCUGUGGAGAUAAAACGCUUAACCCUGAAACCUCCAUCUGUUGCGCUGGACAUUCGACACAUAGAAUGGCUGGUGAAGUUACGCAAUGCUGUGGUCUGGUGGCUUACAACCCUCAAAAAUCGAUCUGUUGCAACGAUAAAGUAGUUACGAGAAGAUAUGGUAUUUCUUCACAAUGUUGUGGAAACCAGUGCUACAACCCCUCCACCUACACCUGCUGCGACGGUUAUGUGACACGAAAAAAAGUUGGAAACACCAUACAAUGUUGUGGGAAGAAGAGUUACGAUGUUAGAAAAUACGUUUGUUGUGAAGGAAAAGUUUGGUCGAAAAUUUACGGAAAUAACACGAAGUGUUGUGGUAGCGAAAGAUAUAACAGAAAGGUGAGCAAAAGAAGCAUAGCACGAGGUAGAAAAUUGCUUUGUUGUGCCGAAAAAUUAUACUACAGCUCCGGCCAUUGCUGCAAGGGGAAAAUAGUGAAGAGAGGAUCUUCAUGCCGUAACUCAAUUGGAAAAAUGAAUGUUUAAUGAACAUUUUUACAUUGUAAAGUCUGUACUACCGUAUAUCUAUCUGCAUGCCCCAAGUGGUAUAAUUAUACAACUAUAUUAAUAAAAGCAAGGAUGUUUAUAUCAGUAAUAAACUGCAAAAAAAGCAUUUCAA